UUUACGAUGUAAAUGUGUACAAACAGCAAGAAAAUUAAACCAAGCGCAAAUUAAGUAGAUUAAAAUAAAUGUAACAUAAACUAAAUUUUAAUUUAAGAUGUGGUUUUCAAUCUAUUUUAGUUGCUUAUGUGUAUUUUUAAAUGUGGGUUUAAGUGACGGGAAUACAGUGCUUCUUCCUAGUUUUGGCAACCCUAAUGCGUUUGACCAAGAACUUUAUGAUAAAGUACUGGAUCCAGAAUUAUGCCGCAGUGAAUUGGCAUACAUAGAACGCAACAGUUUACUGAGGAUAAAGUUUCUGGAUGCCGGCCUGAGAGUGCCCAGAGGCAUUGCAGCCGGCAACACAUACGACUACGGGAACUUCCAUCAAUGCCUUGAAAUCAAUGAAAAAUUUACUGACUCCAAUAUAGAAGGAAAAUUCUGCUCUAUCCGUACCCCCAUAGUACAGGACUUACAAUGGCCCACUAACCAAGACACUAAUGAAAAUAUUUGGAAGGAUAUUUUUGCAGAUGAAAGUAUUGUGAGCAAAGAUACUAUGAGAGAACUUAAUAUUUAUGAGGAUUUGAGAAUGAAAGUUCAACGCUCGCCAAUGUUGUUGGGUGAGGAUCAAGCGAGAAUAUCACCGGACUUCGGAAUACCGAACCGCACUUUGACUCUUGCCAUCUGCAUACCUAAAACUUGCACAACUAAGGAGGCCAUGGAGUCCCUCUACCCCACAUUAUCAUCAGCUGGGCUGAAGUACACUGACCGCUACUGUCGACUGCCUAAUGAUAAGCCACUGGUGGCGGCUGACUAUGUAGCUUUUGCAAUCUUUGGAUUGAUAGGCCUACUCACGAUACUAAGUACGGCCUAUGAUGUAAACCACAUAUUCAUCCAAAAAAAAGAGCCUAAGGACGCCAGUAUAAUAUUGCAAUCGUUCUCAGUCUACACAAAUUGCAAAAGGCUCGUGACAUACACCUCGUCUCCAAAAACAAUUGAAUGUCUGGACGGUAUCAGAACAUUCUCUAUUGGUUGGGUGAUACUUGGCCACGCCUAUCUGUCGGCGCCAGAAAAUAUAAAUCCCUUGGAUAUUUUAAAGUGGCAAAGUUCAGUGCACUCGAUCUUCGUGACAGCGGCGCCCAUCUCAGUGGAUACAUUUUUCUUCAUAAGUGGAAUGCUCGUCGUCUACACUACUGCUGGAAAACUUAAACGAAACGAUCUGCUAAAGUCCCUCCACAUAUUCUACCUGAACCGCCUCCUCCGGCUGUUCCCUAUCCUGGCCAGUGCCGUGCUGCUCACUGCCUCCUGGUACAACUGGAUCACUGACGGACCAGACUGGGGUGAAGACUUCACGUGGAGCGUCGACACUUGCAGGACGUACUGGUGGUCCACGCUGCUGCAUGUGCAGAACUAUGUGAACCCUUCGAAUAUUUGCAUAUCGCAGACCUGGUACCUGGCAGUGGAUAUUCAGCUGCAUAUUCUAUCUCCAAUUAUCCUGUACUGGGUAUUGACUAGUAGGAAGGCGGCUUGGAUCAGCAUGUCUUCGGCAUUCGUCGUCAUCUCUACCGCGGCUACUAUUUACAACGCUUUGAUGGGAUUUAGGACGAGAAACACGGGCGAGCCCGGCAUCCCGAGCUACCACCGCAUGUACUACGUCAACACGCUCACGAGAGCAGCGCCCUUCAUCGUCGGCAUGAUGUUCGGGUAUAUGGCAUACAGCUUCAGAGGAACCAAGCUGAGACUGAAACCGCGUAUAGUAGCACUGAUUUGGUCGUCAUGGGCAGUGAUGAUGGGCACAAUAGUCUACGUGUACUAUCCGAUAAACCAGUCUGAUUGGGACAACCAGCCUGUGAAUGUCAUAUUGAACUCUUACAAGCGCUCCGCCUGGGCUCUAGGCCUUGGCUGGAUGGUACUGGCUUGCCAUCAUGGUUAUGGAGGUCCACUGAACUGGCUCUUAUCCCUGCGCGCGUGGAAGGUGCCGUCCAGGAUAUCGUACGGCAUGUACAUCUACCACUACCAGGUGCAACAGCUGAUCAGCGCCUCGGAAAUUGGACCUGUCUACUUCUCUGAUGGCGCUUAUUUACUGAGAUACGUAAGAGAUUUAUCUCUGGCUUUGCUGAUGGGUUUCCUGGGAACUCUGCUCAUUGACGGUCCAUUUGGAGUUUUCACUAAAAUUAUUUUAGGUACAUUGGCUAGAAGACCACGGACCGCCAAGGAUCAAAAUAACAACGAUACAGAAAAUAACAACAGGGAAAAUUUCAAACAUAAUGGAAUUAAAGAAUAAUUUAAAAAUA